UCAAAAUUGGUCUCAAGGACGACAACAAAUCAUCUAACUAGGAGAUUCAUGGGAUCCACAUGUCUAACUAAGAUUCCAAAUCCCUGGAAUCCCUUCAUUACAAAAGUAAAAUAUUCCUUCUUCUUCUUCUUUUAACUGAAUCCGUUUCUGUUACUGUUAGUCAAACACAAGAAAGAAAGAAAGAAAACCCAAUUCUGAGGAGCUGUUCUUGUUCACCAUUAUCACACCCACCUCUCCUCUUCUUCAGAUUCUGUUCUCUUGUUGGGGGAUAUUACUGCUUUUGCUUCCUUGAUUUCUCAUUCAAUUGAGAGAUUUUGGUUGUAUAAUCAUAGUACAGGGUUGCUCAAGAUGUAUGUAGUUGAGAGUAAGGCAGGAGCCAUAGGAUGCAUGUUGCUUGCUCUACUCUUCUUGGGUACAUGGCCUGCUAUUCUUACUCUUUUGGAAAGAAGAGGGAGGCUUCCUCAACAUACUUACCUUGAUUACUCUAUCACGAAUCUCUUGGCUGCGGUGUUAAUUGCCUUGACAUUCGGUCAAAUUGGCGAUGGCAAACCCAAUACGCCGAAUUUCAUCACUCAGCUUUAUCAGGACAACUGGCCUUGCGUCUUGUUUGCUAUGGCAGGUGGUGUGUUUCUCAGUCUUGGAAAUCUCGCUACUCAGUAUGCUUGGGCAUUUGUUGGUCUCUCGGUGACAGAGGUCAUAACUGCAAGCAUAACAGUUGUUAUAGGAACAACUUUGAACUACUUCUUAGAUGAUCGAAUCAACAAAGCCGAGAUUCUAUUCCCAGGAGUUGCAUGUUUUCUAAUUGCGGUUCUUCUUGGAUCUGCUGUUCAUUCUUCAAAUGGAACUGAUAAUAAAGCAAAGCUUAGUAGUUAUACGGAUGAAAAGGGGGCAAUUGAGAUAUCAGAGUCUAAGAAUGUGUACAAGUACACAGUAAUUGUAGAUGGAAACAAGGAUUUAGAGGAUGGAAACGUUAGUGUUGAGAAAGCUGAAGUAGGAACUGCUGACUUCCUUAUAGAGCUUGAAAAUAAAAGAGCAAUCAAGGUUUUUGGGAAGAGCACUUUGAUCGGUCUGGGUAUUACAUUCUUUGCCGGCUUUUGCUUCUCUCUCUUCUCGCCGGCAUUCAACUUGGCAACGAAUGAUCAAUGGGACACAAUGAAAGAAGGGGUUCCCCAUUUAGUUGUCUACACUGCGUUUUUCUACUUCUCGGUUUCUUGUUUUACAAUUGCUAUUAUUCUAAACAUCACAUUCCUGUACUACCCUGUGCUUAACCUACCGAGGUCAUCUCUUAAGGCUUAUGUGAAUGAUUGGAACGGUAGAAAUUGGGCUCUUUUGGCAGGGCUCGUUUGUGGAUUUGGGAACGGUCUCCAAUUCAUGGGUGGUCAAGCUGCUGGAUAUGCAGCUGCAGAUGCUGUUCAGGCACUUCCACUUGUGAGCACAUUUUGGGGUAUACUUCUGUUUGGAGAGUAUCGGAAGUCGUCAAAAAAGACAUACGUAUUGCUUGUUAGCAUGUUGCUGAUGUUCAUUGUGGCAGUAGGGAUUCUUAUGGCAUCAUCAGGGCAUCGAAAAACAUGAUGAAAGUUGUGUAGAAUCUUAUUGUAAAUAGAUCAUCAAAUCCUUGUCAUCAAAGAGAGAAUUUCUGUAACAAACAUCUCUGAUAAAGAGGAUCGUUAACAAGUUCACUUCAUAUCCUUGUGAGGAACUCAUGAGUUAUAUGUAAAUUAAGUAUUUGUAUUGAAUUACCAUCCAAUAGUAUAAAUCAAAAACAUACACAAA